AUGGCGUCCAUGGUGAGGGGCGCGGUCACCAGGGCUCCAUGGACGAGCAGGAGCAAAGGGAGGAAGAUGGCCGGAGAGGAGCUUGAAGCUGAUGCCCCGAUGGCUGUGAAGGCACGAGCAAGGGCGCGCGCCGACCAUGGGAAGCUCCUGUGUCGAAGGGAGGAGGGGCACAGCGAAGGAAGGGCACCUGCUCGCGUUCGGACCAGAGGAGGUCCCUGCGAGAAGGAGGUGGAAGAAGGGCGCCGGUGGUCUGCUGCUAGCGUGAGGGAGCAGUGGAAGAGCUGUCCUGGAUGGAGCUCGGCCUCGUCGGGGUGGCAAUGGAGGCAACCUGAUGAGUGGGAGGUGUCCGUGGAGACCCCUGUGGAGCGUACUGAGCUGGACGUGGUCCUCCUCCUGGACGAGUUGGUGUACCCUGUGGUGAAACCAGCAGCUCUGCUUGCCCCCUCCCAUGGCACCUCCACCUCCCUGCGUGCCCUCUGCCCUUCUUCCUCCCCUGGCCGGGCUACUACGCAAAGCAGCGGCAGCAGCUUCCUUGGACGGCACCCAGAAAUUCCAGCAGAGCUCGCCCUAUUUUUUUUCCUCCUUGGCCGAAGUUUCCCCCUGCUGCUAGCUCAGCAACCAUGGCGAGCAGUCCCCGGCAGCGAGCUCCUCCCUUGCCUUGCUGUCGGACGUUCCUGCCACUACCUCGCUCCAUCGUCGCGCAGCGAACUCCAUCGCCGACCUGCGCAGCAAGCUGCGCGCUGCAGCAGCAGCCAUGAGAUCCCGUCCGUGUCGCCAGCGUCGACCCGAUCUGCGCAGCGGUGCCGGUCCACCGCAGCAGCCCCAUGCUGCGCCGUUGAUCUGAGCGGUUCGACUGUCUCCGCGUCUCGCUUCGCCGAAUCGGCGCAGCGCCGACGUGUCAUCGUGGGAACCCGUGCCCUUGUCGACGUCACGCCUUGCGCAUCGCUCGUCGGCAAAGAGCCCAAACUAAUGGCAUGCAUGCGCGGCAUGAGUCGGCCAGGACCGAGAGAUGGUGAUCGAGCAACUGACGUGGUGCCAACCACAAGCUGCAGAUGGAGGACAACCUAAGGAAGGAUGGACAUAACCAGUAGAUACUCGCCAAGCGAGUACCUACCCCAGCAAACACUAUCUAAGUGUUAAAUUAAAG